CUGCUUUUCUUGGGCAAGGCAGUCACUAAACCGAAAAUGUACCUCUUACUCCAGUGAUAAAAUGUAAGGUUUUGGCGUUGCAUCACCAUAAACACCAGCAGACUUUACUGCCACAAGGACCAAAAAAGAAAUGUCAGAAGCACCGACGACCGACGCACUGGCUGAUGCGCAUGCUGAAGCAGCGCCACCUGACGCAUCCGGAUCUGCUGAUGGUCCGAAACCGAAGGAAUACACAGCUGACGAGCUAGACUACGGCUUUAUGCGAGUAUGUUUUCGAUGAAGACAAGUCUUCCCUGUUGCUUCUCAUGCGAUCUUCACUAGAGGAUAAUUCGGCCAUCACCUGUCCUUCUCUCAGCAGAAUGAACAGAUUGUAUCCACAUCAAGUGAAGAAGUGAGAAGAGACUCCUGCAUCUUCUAACAGCUGGAAUACGUGAAGAUGGAGACUCGUGCUAUCGCAGAAAAGCAAGAUGCCAGCAAAAUGGCCUUUAAGCGGGAGAACAAAGGCAACACAGAUGACGUGGAGCGUGAACUUUUUGAUGGGACUGCGAAUUAAGGAGGAACGGCUUUGAAAUCAUUAUAAUAUGAUUUGUAGAUGUUUCAGGGGGAAAAAGACUUGAAAUCAUGAGUGUCUAGAUGUUUCAGGAAGAGUAGGUACACGACAGCAAGACUAUGGUAUGCAGAGUAAAUCAACACUGUAUCAAUGCACGUCUGAGGUCACGAGUGGUGAUCAUCUUCUCUAAUCUCCAGAAGUUCAAGGUGGAGUGCGACCUGAGUCUUUCAAAACCGGAAGAUGGUACAAAUUCCUCAAUUUUGACCAGUCCUGCUUCGUCUACGUGCACAACCUGACGCGAGAUAUCACAGCAGUGCGACCUGAAAACUUCACUUAAGAUAAUUGUCAUUGUGUAGUUGUUGUAAUAAAGCUGAGAGGACUUCUUGAUGUUGCCAGCGCUAAUUCCUAGAACCAACAGCGGAAGAGCUGGAGAGGGAGCGCAAAAAGGGACUGCCCUUGCAAUUGCUUUUACGGGUCUGUCGAUACUAACAAGGAAAUUAUACGAAAGGAAUUUUAGUAAAUUUUUCUAGAUCUUGUGUGUCGUCAACCUCAAAGAUCGAAAUCAAUACACAUCGAUAACGAUAUGCUUCUUUCUUGACAGGAUAGAUUCUUUCUAACUACUCGUGCUUGAUGUUGUACAUGCGACUCAUGUAUUCUAGCAGAGUUCACCUCACAGGAGCGAGCUCUAAUCCUAGAGCCAGAGCUUGCAAAGUGCUACAGCCGAAAGAAAAUUCCAGUCGUUUACUGCAAUGAGCAGACGCAGGAAAAUUAAGGCUCUAUGCAUUGAACAUGAGCUCUAAUAUGUCGCUUCGCUUACUAUGUCUGUAUUAAAAAAUGAUAAUGACUUCAUCUAGAUCUAGAAUUUUUUUCUUUUUUGCUACUGCUAACUAGAGUUUGUUUUUCUAGUACUUCUCUGCUCGUUCCUGUAAGAUGAAUCCGCAGCAAGCGUCUUACUUCCUGAUGCUGCCUAAUAAAGAAGUACUACUUCUUGAUAAAAAAAGAACUACGCCACUCCUAGAUAGAAGAAGAACUACGUACUUCUAGAUAAAAAAAGAACUACGUACUUCUAGAUAGAAGAAGCACUACGUACUUCUAGAUAAAAAAAGAACUACGUACAACUAGGCACUUCUACAAAAACGAAGUAUUCAUCUUCUAACACGAAAUCCGUACCUUUAUGAGCUACGGCCGCGGACACGUUGUAGAAACCGGUUUGCUAACGCGGAUAAGCGAAUUUGCAUUGGAAAAAGCACGCCAAGAAAUCGUCAAUGCGAUGCGAUAUGGAAAGUUUAUGACAUUUGGCGAUGUGAAGUGCGCGACAGUUCUUUGACGUCCUUCUAGAAGGUUACCAUGUAACGUAUUUCGACGUCGAGGAUGUGAAAUGAUUGAUGAUUCGGACUACUUUGAUUCUGCUGGCAACGGGCUUUUUUUCUUGGGUCCAUCUAAUCUUAUCAAGAUGUAGUAAAUCUCAGUCUGUAAGUGCUGAAGUAGAUCUUGAGCAUUCUAUAAUUGAGAAAUGUAAGAAGUGAGUAGUACCUGAUGAGCAUCCUACUUUCUUGCGUCUUCGUCCUUGGUUUUACUUCAUAUCAGAUUUGGUAAUCGAGAUACCAGGCAAAGUGUGUGACUUCCAGGAGAAAGUUUGCGUCAGAAAAUGGGAGGCCUUCUUUCCGGUCGAACUCUUUACUUUCCGCGGCUGUGAUGAUAACUUAUGAUGACACCGCGAUGACAAGUAAUUCUUCUAUGGUAUAGUAUACGCCGUGCUUGGGUACACUACGACUAUGACUUGACAGAAAUCCACCUUAUUUCUGGUUCCAAUUUUUCGCUUCUGAAAACCGACCCUUUCAACAUGAUUGACUUGUGUCCUGUGAACAAGUCGACUUCGGGCCAUUCUUGUGAGCACCACUCCGAGCAAGGCCAUGUCAUGUCUAGCGGCACUAAUUUCACUUGCUUGUUAACACUAGGCCAUGAGUAGCAGCAUAUUUCAAGUUGUGACUGGAUUACUUAGUUUAGAUACAGUAGGCACACGACCGAGGUUCAUCGUUCAUCCUUACUGAGUAGCUCUAAGCAACAAUUCCGUCAAGAAGAAAAUCUAUCGGCCAGACGACAUCGAGGCGAACCAGUGCGUAGUGAGGAAAGGGUUCCAGGUAUCGUCGCUAUUGUAUUCACGACAUCCACCUUCUACCACCUCCUGCUGGAUGACAGCGCUUUUGCAGGUCUAUUGCUCGAUCAUAAAACUCAGAUCUAUUUUUUUCUCAAACUCAAUUUCAAUCUCAUUCCUCAAGUCAUCCUUCCUUUUAGCCUUCAUGAUAUGAUUUUUUUUCCCUUCAGGUAAUCCUCACCUUGGCUUACGACUCGCAGAAUUUUGCGAUGUCAAGCAUGAGGAUGGACGAGUUGAGGAAUAAGGUUCCAAAUUUUGACUUGAUGGAGGUAGUGCGUUGCAGAGGAUAACAAACGCUGAGGAUGGAUGUGCGUUGCAGAGGAUAACCAACGUAGGGAAUUGUACAUUGUCGAGGAAGAUAGCAGACGUUGUUGUGGGAUGCAUAGGUCGCUGCUUUUCCUAGACGUAGUGGAAGGCGAUAGGACAACUGAGGACGUUCAUAAGGUUAAAGGGAGAACAAGUAGACGUCGAGGUUUUGCAUUCAUUUUAGAUCCACAACAUCGAUCAUCUCAUUAUUCUAGAUUCACAACAAUAGCCGUCCUUGUCGCAGCACUUCAAACUACUCACUCAUCUUAUCAGCAAUUGCGUUGGAGAGCGAUGCGCACACUCAUUUUCAUUGCAAAGGCAUGAUGCGCAUUCACCUCUAGUAGAGACUAUUCCACGUGCUCACUUGCUUUAAUAAUUCACCAGGACACAACACGCGAGUCAAAGAUCUUGGAAGACGAGGACUUACUCUUGAAUUACAAUUAGAAGCUCAAACUCAGACAUUCCAAAACGGAUAUCAAUGCCGCUUGAAGAGCAGCAGAAUGAACGCAGAACGCUUGCGCGUGGAGUGAUGAACAAUAGUAAUAGUUAU